AUAUGAUCAAUUCUUUCAGACGAUGGCUUAUAGUCUAGACCCUGUGCGACUUCGAAAGUUCAGUGACAAUUUAGUGAAAUGUAGUGAAGAAUUAGGUACAUCUACGACCUCACUAUCUGCCGAAGCACUUCUAUGCGCGAUGGGCAGGGAUGGCAAGCUUCUUGACGAUAAUGGUGAAUACAUAAGAGAUGCAGUCGUGCAAGAUUUAAAAGACGUUAUCUCUGACCCGAGCACAUUGAAAAGGGCGCAAGAAAUGCUUACCAAAUGUUUCGACGAUGCAGAUCAAAGUGGAUCCAUCGGUCGGGAGCGGACAAUAAAAAUUGCCAUAAAAUGCAUUAUUCCGAUAUUACCUCUCUUUGACAAGCCACAGUAAAAAGGAUUUGCAGAAUUUCUUCCAGUAUAAGAAACGAUCAUAUAAUUUUCUUAGCAUUUAUCUGCAUAACUUUACUAUUGUAUAACACGUUAUGUUUUGUGUUAAAAUGUGUGCGAAUCUAAAAUUGAUAAUAAAAUUUAUCCAAGUGGUUCAUCUAAAGAAACAUUCUGCAAGAUUAAAAUAACAUUUUUAUGGAAAGGGACAAUAAACGUAUUAUCAAAUAUACGAGAUCUGCUCAAAAAGUA